GUCAAAGAAAUCUUUGAGAAAAUAUAAAAUUGGGAAAAAAGAAAAACCACCCAAUAUUUCGACCAAGUCAAUAUUUUUCACUUCCAUCCAUCAGUAUAUAUCCAGUCAGCCAGUCUCUGUUCCUUAGCGAUUAUGUUUACGCGUCUAGAAGUCAGAAGUCAUCGAUCCACAGUCCACUUCUCCUAUCCACCCUUUUAUUUCUUUCAAUCUUGAUCAGUUAUAUACUCACACACACACACACAAUAUAUGUCCAUCCGAUGACUCAAAACCUCUGGAAGAGUGUGAGUGUGUGUGUGUAUGAGCAAAUUAAUGUUCGUUAGAGAGAUUUAAUUAUUUUCUUGUUUCCAGCUGGUCUUCAUUUCACUCUCUGCUACAGAGAAGAGAGCAAGUUUUCCGGUGGGUUUUUGAGGGGCAGAUAUGGCCGGAGGUGGAGGAGGACGGUCUUUGGAGGAAACGCCGACAUGGGCAGUUGCAGCGGUUUGUUUCCUACUGGUCGCAGUCUCAAUUGUUAUCGAAUACAUCAUCCAUCUCAUUGGCAAGUGGUUGAAGAAGAGACACGAGAAAGCUCUCCAUGAAGCACUUGAAAAGAUCAAAUCAGAGCUUAUGUUGCUCGGGUUUAUAUCGUUGCUGCUAACAAUGGGGCAAAGUACAAUUUCCAACAUAUGCAUAUCGAAGAGCGUGGGGGCAACUUGGCAUCCGUGCAACAAGAAACAAGAGACUGAACUAAACAAAUUCAAUCAUCUCGAUUAUGGAGAAGAAGGAGAACACCGCCGAAAGCUUCUGGAGGCUGCGCUGUCGAGCUCUGAGGGAAGUUUCCGGCGUGUUCUGGAGGCGGCCGGAACUGACAAAUGCGCGGCCAAGAAUAAGGUGCCAUUUGUGUCUGCGGAUGGGAUUCAUCAACUUCACAUAUUCAUUUUUGUGCUGGCGGUUUUCCAUGUCAUUUACUGUAUUCUCACCAUGGUUCUCGGAAGACUUAAGAUGAGAAGUUGGAAAGCAUGGGAAAAGGAAACAAGAACAGUCGAGUACCAGUUCUCUCAUGAUCCAGAGAGGUUCAGAUUCGCAAGAGAAACUUCGUUUGGGAGAAGGCACUUGAGGUUCUGGGCCAAAACACCUGUCCUCAUUUGGAUUGUCUGCUUUUUCAGGCAAUUUGUGAGGUCAGUUCCUAAAGUUGAUUACUUGACCCUGCGACACGGAUUUAUCAUGGCACAUUUGGCACCUCAAAGCCAUACAAAUUUUGAUUUCCAGAAGUAUAUAAAUAGAUCACUAGAAGAGGAUUUCAAGGUGGUUGUGGGCAUCAGUCCGCCAAUCUGGUUCUUUGCCGUGUUUUUCCUACUGUUUAAUACCCACGGCUGGUAUUCCUAUUUCUGGCUGCCAUUUACCCCAUUAAUUAUAAUUCUUCUGGUGGGAACGAAGCUGCAGGUGGUCAUAACUAAGAUGGGGCUUAGAAUCCAAGAGAGAUGCGAGGUGGUGAAAGGGGUGCCGGUGGUUCAGCCCGGCGACGAUCUCUUCUGGUUCAACCGGCCCCGCCUCGUUCUCUACCUUAUCAACUUUGUCUUUUUUCAGAACGCCUUCCAGUUUGCUUUCUUUGCAUGGACUUGGUAUGAAUUCGGAUUGAAGUCUUGUUUCCACUCCAAUUUAGAAGAUGUAAUCAUACGACUGUCUAUGGGGGUCCUUGUACAAAUCUUGUGUAGCUACGUCACUCUCCCUCUCUAUGCCCUUGUCACACAGAUGGGUUCAACAAUGAAGCCAACCAUAUUCAACGAAAGAGUGGCCGCAGCUCUCCGAAAAUGGCUCCGCACGGCCAAGAAAAACAUCAAGCACGACCGCCAUACCGGCCUGGCCUCUUCCCCGUCGAGCUGGCCGGCGACGCCUUCCCACCACACCUCCCCAGUCCACCUCCUCCGCCAUUACCGGAGCGAGAUGGACAGUUUCCAGUCGUCGCCCAGGAUAUCAUCAAAUUUCGAACACAGGGAAAUCGAGGGCUCGCCCUCACCCCCUCCGCAGCCGCCACACCAGUCCGGCCGUGAGGUAGAGCUGAGCGGCCGGCAAGAGCAGGGGUCCAGCCGGGUGGCUCCCACCGAGCGUGAGAUAGACGUGGAGUCGCGUGAUUUUUCAUUUGAAAGAGCAAGAAGUACGCGAAAUUAAUUAAUAUUUUGGAGUGGCCAAUGAGGACAAUUAUAAAAUCGUGGAAAGCCUUUGAUUUUGGCAGGAAAUUAAGCUUGUAAUUAGAAAAUAGGUGUAAUAUCUUGUCUUCUUAUCUCUAAUGGAAACUUUGUAUUCACUAACAUCCAUCAAAAUCAUUCAUCAUAUUUUUUUUUAUGCCAAAAUCAUCAUAAAGAUAAAGAUCGACCGUAGCCCAUAUCAUCUCUCAAAUCUCAAUCCGACCAUAAAGUAUGAACUUGGAAGGCCUUGGCCAUUAUGUGUUUUUACAAAGUA